UUUCCUCUCUCUCUCCCCAUGACUAUUUUUCAGAACUGUUAAAAGGUGAAAAGAAGGGGGGAAAAAGAAAAAGAAAAACCCGAUCUUUAGUGGGAAGCAAAGAAAAAAAUUUCUCUGACUCUGAUCACCCCACUUAGGCGAAAAAGAGAGGGAGCAAAAGGAUUAGGGAGCAGAGUCUUUUUGUUCUCUAAUUUGGGAGUUUUGGGAUUUUUUUUUUUCCGUUUCUUUUGUUUUUUGAGCUUUUGUCUUGUAGAGAAGUCUUGAAUCUACAUGAGGAAAAGAAACCAUUUUUGCUGAGAUAAUAAUACUAUAUCGAGUUGGAAGAUACAGACAAAAAAGGAGUGCUAAAAAGCAAACAAAAAAUGAAAAAGAUGUGAAGAAGUUCUUAAAAAGGGGUUUGUGUAAAUUUUUUUGUUUGCAUGUAUCGGUGUCUGGUGUUGAUGAUGACUAUUGAGGUUGGCUUUGCAUGUCGGUAUUUGAGAGCUGAGUGAUUCUUGGUGAGAGGUUUAGGACUUUUUACUCGACCAAAAUAAGAGAGCAAUAGCGUGAAAAUCGGGGAAAAAGUUCCAGACUUUCUGAUUUCUCUCUUUCUUUUGCAUUCUUUCUUUCUCAGUCUACGGACAUGGAAGUUAUUCAGGUCUAGAAUCCGAUAUAGAAAUGCAUCUUUUUUAAUGCUUCCUUGGCUUCCUCAAGAGGGAUUUUUCUUUUAGUCCAAAAAAUUUAAUCUUUCUUUAGUUCUUGCUGCAAAAAAGCAGUCUUUAUCCCGUGUUUAUCACAGCAAUCAAAUUGUGAUUUCUGACUAAAGCUCUUGACUUUUUGCUGACAACUUAUGCUGAGAAAAAGAUCUAGGUCAAGGGACUGUAAACAAGCUCUAAUGGCGGAUUGUGGUGGUUUGUCAUCUCCCAGUGAGACUCAGAGAAGGCCCAUUUUUUCUUCUUUAUUUAGUUCACCUAGGCUGUUUACUGGUUUUGCCUCCAAGGGGUUGACUGAUUCUGAGUCUUUGAUGAGCCCAACUUCAAUUCUUGAUAGCAAACCAUUUUCUGCAUUAAGGAAUCCUUUCUGGUCUGACUCGAGCACUCCCAGAACCCCGAAAACAGAAAAUAGGCUUCAAUUGGAAAAGCUGGAGUCAAGAGGUGUUGGUCUUGGCCUUGUUGAUGCUUUAACUGAUGAGAAAGCUGAUUCAAAUGCGUGUAAACCCGAGAACAGAAAGGUUAUCUUUGGUUCACAGUUAAAGAUUCAGAUUCCUCCCCUGCCUCCCUCUGCUGUUAUUUCCCCUGUUGAUUCACCAAAAUCCCCUGCUGAUUUUGGUAUCAAGACUAGGAAUUCUGUAGUGGGAUCAGUCUCACCCGGAUUGUCACCAUCUUCUGUGAGGAAAUCUCCAUUUGGGUCCUCAAAUUCUGGUCUGGAAAACUCAAAUUCGCCAAGGGUUUUCAGUGGCCUUUCUAUCAGUGAAAUGGAGCGCUCUGAGGACUAUACUUGUGUGAUCUCUUACGGACCAAAUCCAAGGACUACUCAUAUAUUUGAUGAUUGCAUUGUUGAGAGCUGGUCGGGUCCUGUUCAAAUCUCUUCUUCAAGAGGACAGAAUGGAUUUUUCAUCAACCGCUCAUUGAGCUAUCCCUCUGAGAGUUUUCUAAGUUUUUGCUGCACUUGCAAGAAGAAUCUUGGGCAAGGGAAAGACAUCUACAUGUACAGAGGGGAGAAGGCAUUUUGCAGUAGUGAGUGCAGGGACAAAGAAAUAAUGUUGGAGAAAGCAAGGAAAAUACCAGAGUGUGAUGAUGUCUAUGGUAUUUCCUCAUCAUGACAGAUCUCCAUGGCCUUCAUAAAGCUAAUAAACACACCAUCAGAUUUCACCGACAUGGCUUCACUCUUUUAGCUAGAAGAAUUGAGUUUACGUUUUUCUAUAUGCAUCAAAGACAGAUUAAGGCACAAAGUAUUGUUCUUGUAUCAGUAUAAAUUUAGAUUUUCUGAAGUCUGUUUUUUGAUGUUUUCCUUUGCCAUUUUAUGCUUGGUUUUAGAUGUUAUGUGUUACAGUUUCUCCUUGUUAACCUGGCAGGGGGCUGCCAGGCUGAGGUAUUGUAGAGUUGAUUUUGUUGAAAAAGCCAAAAAAAAAAGAAAAAAAAAUGUAGGUGAUUGCUGUGUCUACAGUUUGUAACUUUUGAAAGUUGGAUAUGAAUGAUGAUGAUGAUGAUGUUGAAA